AUGGCUUUUCUCGUAGAUCCCCUUAUUUCCGAAUCCAUCGCCAAACUUACUAAUCUGAGAAUAACACCGAUUAUUGAGGAUGUAGUCAAUAUGAAUCGGAAACUAGAUCGCACAGAGGAAGAGCGGAAGAUGUUCAAAGAGGAACUCGAAGAAGCGGAAAAACUCGUCAAUAAAUGUGCGAAAGUGAAGAGAAAUAUCUUCAAGAAGUUCAAGUACUCACUGAAGCUAAAAGACUUCAACGGUAAAUUGUUACGAUUCUUUCAAAUCGAAGUGCAAGUAUUCCAGACUCGGGGCAUUGUGGAGACGCUUUCAGGGGUGCACGAUAUCAAAAUAAAAAUGGAUAGUAUAGCUUCGGAUGUGAAAGAUAUUCAACUGAGUAAAAGCUGGAACGGUAAUUACAGUGGUUCAAUGUCGACGUCUACGAGAACAGACAGAUCUGGAAGUGAAAACAUGGAACGAGAAAAGUAUGGUUGGCGAGCUCCAGCACUUCCGAAGGGAAUUGUAGCGUUUGAUGAACCAUUAGCGAAGCUGAAGGCGGAGGUUGUUGCAGGUAUCGGUAGUGACGAUUAUGGUGAUCCAAUGGAUUGUGAUGAUCGAUCGGUGUUGGUUGUUGCUGCUGCUGGCGGAUGUGGAAAGACGACUUUGGUGAAAAUGCUAUGCAAUGACACUGAAAUUCGAGAAAAAUACGGGGAGAACAUCUUCUUUGUGACAGUUUCAGAAACACCCAAUUUCAUGGUAAUCGUCAAUGAUCUCUUUAAUCCAAAUUUCUCGGGUCCCCAAGUUUCGUUUCAAAGUAAUGAAGAUGCAAAGAACAAGCUUGAGAACUUUUUGAAUGAGAAAGUAGUUGGUCCCAUGCUUCUGGUAUUAGAUGAUGUAUGGUCUGAUACGUUCAUUGACAACUUUCCAUCAAGGAACAGAGAAUGCAAGAUUCUUGUCACGUCUAGGACUGCAUUUACAAACUAUGAUGUCUUCAAAUUUGACCCUUUGAACGAGAAAGAUGCUAAAACUCUCUUUCGCCAAUCUGCAUUUACUAAAGGAGGGAAGAGGCCUAGUCCAGUUAUUAGUGAAAAUCUUGUGAAUCAGAUGGUAACAUGUUGCAAAAGACAUCCGCUUACUCUUUCUGUGGUUGGUAGAUCUUUAAACGGGAAGGAUAAGUCAGUAUGGGAAUCCAUGCUAAAAUCUUUGUCUCAUGGAAGGUUGGUUCUAGAUUUACACAAGGAUGUACUCAUCGGCCUAGAAAGAAGCUUUGAGGCCUUGGAUGAUGAAUUUAAAGAAUGUUUCUUGGAUUUGGGGCUAUUCCCUGAGGAUCAAAGGAUCCCGGUUAGCGCCCUCUUAAAUAUGUGGGUGCAUUUGUACAAACAUGAUGAUGGUGGCGUUGAUACCCUUGCUAAGAUCUUUGAACUUUCCUAUAGAAAUCUUGUCGAUCUAAUGAUCUCAGGGUUUAAAAAUGAUUUGGGUGAAAGAGUUAACCAUUGUGACCAGCAAUUUGUGACACAACAUGAUUUGCUGAGGGAGCUUGCUAUUCACUUAAAUAGCAAACUGUCGUUAGAAAAAAGGAAAAGAUUGAUUAUAAAUGCACGAGGAGAUGACUUUCCUUCAUCAAUCGAACAAGUUCAAGAACCUAUGCAAGCCCGCAUAUUGUCUAUUUCCACAGGAGAAUCCUUCUCCUCAAAAUGGUGCGACAUGGGAGUACCCUACCUUGAAGUUCUAAUCUUGAACUUAAUGUCAAAAACCUACACUUUACCCAAUUUCUUAGCUGGAAAUCCAAAAUUAAAGAUUCUAAACAUCACAAACCACGGCUUAUACCCUACAGAAUUCACCAAUUUCAAUUUUCUUACCUCUUCCCACAACCUAACAAGAAUCAGACUCGAACGUGUCGACAUAAGUCCCUCAAUUUUAUCACUAAUAAACCUGCAAAAAGUGUCCUUCAUAAUGUGCAAAAUUGGCAACGGUUUCAAGAAACUUAGUACCAGGCACCAAAAUAUCUGGCCACAAUUAGUUGAAAUCGAGAUCGACUACUCCCAAGACUUGGUCGAAUUCCCUGAGACAUUAUGUAGCAGCGUCUAUCUCAAGAAGAUAAGCAUCACGAAUUGUAACGAGAUGUGCGGAUUUAAUGGAGAAAUUGGGGGUUUGAUUAAUUUGGAAACACUUAAUCUUCGUUCUUGUACGAAAUUGGAUAAGUUGCCGGAAUCGAUGUGUAAACUUGAGAAUUUGAGUGUUCUUGACAUUUCGGAUUGUUUGAGCUUGAGUGGGUUGCCGGAAAAAACGGGGAAAUUGAGAGGUUUAAGGACGAUUUAUAUGAAGGGUUGUACAGGAGUACAUGAGCUGCCAGAUUCUGUCGAGGACCUGUCUCAUGUACGUGUGGUAUGUAAUGAAGAGAUAUCUUACAAAUGGCAGGAGUAUAGUAAUGUUGAGAUUGAUUUGGUGCACGAAGAUCCAUUAGAAACCCUUAAGAAAAUCAUGCCGUUUUGACGAACUCAUGUCAAUAAUACAAAUUAUAAUAUUUUGUUCCCCUUGAUGCUGCAUAUAUAAUAUGAUUAGUAGAGUGCAUAUUUUCUUAGUAUAUUGUUCUUCAAACAGAUGAGAUGACAUUUUGAUUGUGUGUAUAAAUGAUUUUUGUAAUUUGUGUAAGAG